AUGAUAGCGAUAUUCUCUGGGUGCACGUUAGUAGGGCUAAUGGAAACUGAGAAUUUCGUCGUGUCGCCGGUGUUUCGAUCGUCCUUCCAUCUGCAAAUCUCUCCUGCUUAUGUUCUUUCUUCUCAAUUGUUCCUCCAAUGGAUUGGAGAAAUCUGUUUGGAUGCUCAGCUGGACAAGAUUUGGAAUUUUUCCCUCCUUCAAGCCGAGAAGGGGUCCCUAAGGUUCAACCUCCAUCUGAGGCCUUUGAAGCCGGAAUCUCAUCAUGGAAGCUCUCUCUCGUCGGGUUCUCAAGUUCAGGUCAGUAAAGCAGGAAGAACCCUCUUCAUUUUUUCUUUUAAAUCCAAAACUGCUAGAGAUUGGGUCUUAGAAAACGGACCUUGGCACAUCAUCAACAAGCCAUUGAUUCUCAGAAAAUGGGAACCAAACCUUAGACGACUCAAUUUCGAUUUAUCGAAAAUUCCAGUUUGGGUUAAACUAUUUAACGUUCCCCUGGAACUCUAUUCUCGUACUGGUUUAAGCUACAUCGCAAGCGCAAUAGGAGUCCCUCUCUCUAUGGACUCCAUUACAGCUUCAAAAUCAAGACUGGAAUAUGCCAAAGUUUGUGUUGAAAUAGGGGUAAACGAUGAACUCCCAAAAUUCAUAGACGUUGUACUUAGAGAUGGGCAAGCAGCUUCUAUUUCUGUUGAUGUACCCUGUAUACCAUCCUGCUGUAGAAAAUGUAUGGUAUUCGGUCAUAGUGAGAAAGGUUGCCCGGAUAAACCAAUUUCUGCUCCGACCACAACUCAGGUUUGGAUUAAAAAGGGAGCUUCACAAACAAUCUCAGAAGCCUCUACAGAAGGAAAAACAGAAGCUUCACAUGAACCAAAGAAUACUGUCUCAAGUGUCAAACAGAUGCAUAGCAUACACAAAGGCGUAAAUGGAAAGGAAUCAGUUUGUACAGAAUUUACUAAAGUCCCAAAUGAUUCUGUUGUUGAAAACACAGUCCUUUACGACCCUGCUGCCGAGAAAGAAUCUACUGCAAAUCUGGUUGGAUGCUCCAACAGUGUGUUCAAUGGACCAUCUACUUCGAAUGAAGCAACUGUGGCCACUCAACCUACUGUCCUAACCGAUUCUGCUGCUGUGAAUGAGUCCAUUGCUUCUGAUCAAGCAGUUCCAAAUGAUGAUUACCUGGACACCAACAUCUCAUCAAUUGUUAAACAAGGAAGAAGCAAGCAGAUCAAAGACAACUCAAAAGUUGUCCUGGCAGGAUCAAAAAACAGAUACGCCAUCCUAAAUUCAAUUGACGAAAAUUAUGCCACAGAGAGUCAAUCAAGGAAAGUACGCACUGCUGCUUUAGGUGUUACAACUCUUCUCAACGAACUCAAAAAGAAGAAGAAGGACCACUUAGACAGAUCAAAAAACUCAACAGCAGAAGGUUCUUUUCAAGGAGCUCCUAUGAUUAUUACUGCAACUUAUGGCAGCAACGACGGAAUUACUCGUAGACUUCUAUGGCAUCAGCUGCGUGAAAUUGAUAACCAAUAUGGCCAUCUCCCUUGGAUAAUAGGAGGGGACUUCAACAUAAUUUUGAAUGCGAAUGAAACCUCUGAUCAUGAGUUACUUGGCCCUGUCUCAUCUCCCGAAAUGAAAGACUUCCUCGAUGUCACGCAAGAACUAUCUCUACAAGACCAUCCUUACUUUGGUCCAUUGUUCACUUGGAGUAACAAGCAGCAAGAAUAUUUCGUUGCAAGGAAACUUGACAGGGUGCUCUUCAAUCCCUUGUGGGCAAAAGAAUUUCAAAAUUCAUUUGUUGAAUUCCUUACUCAACAAGCUAUUCAAGAUAAUCCUAUGCAACAAAAGAAAUCAGAGUUGGAAUUGCAACAAUUAUCAACUUUAAGAGGAGAUGACGUACUCGAGAAGGAGCUUACUCUACAAAAUGAACUAAAAUCUCUCGAAGAAGCCGAGCUUAUGUUCUUAAAACAAAAGGCAAAAGCUCAAUGGUUAAAGGAGGGAGACAGAUGCACAAAAUUUUUCCACUCUAUCGUUGCUGCCAAAAAUAAACGGGAUACAAUCAGAGUGCUUGUUGAUGAACGAGGAAGUAGGCUUGAAUCCUUUGACGAUAUGGCCUCCGAGGUGAUUAAUUACUUCAAAAGGCUUAUCCGCACUGAUGAUCCCGUUGUAACUAAUUGUAACCCUGCUAUACUAAAAGAUCUGUUGUAA